ACGUACACGCGUGACGGAGUGUUACAUUCGUGGUGCGAGCGUGUUCCGGCGUAGUAUUUGGAACAACGUGAAAGUACCGUGGUCACAUCGUAGAGCCACGUGUAACCGGUCGAUUGGUUUUUAAUUCGCAGGUGUUUCAGGUAUUACGCGCGGAUGUGACAGUUUCCGAUUUACGCUCCAAUACAAGCUCGCAAUUAAAAAGCGUACGAGCGUCAUUGUGUGCAAAGUACGCAAGAAUGCAGGAUAUGAAAGGAGAUAAAAGAUAUGACAUUACAAUUUUUAAGAAAUUGAUUUUUUCUCUCAGAUCUAGUAAGUAAUAUUUAUAUGUAUAUUUUGACAUUUAAUCCUGUGCAGCAAAAAACGCGCCUAUUCCGAAGAAAAUAUCGCGAUAUUAAUAUUAGAAAUCUAUGACUUUGUGUUGCUGACCUCGUUGAUGACGUAACGUAAUUUAUGCGCGUUUGCGGAAUAAAAGCCGGAGGAGUCGUACAUUAUUUUGCGUAGUGUGAUCACGCGCUAUAUCGAGUGUAAUUAAAAGAACCGAGACAUAUCCGCCGAUUCAAUUGUUAGAUUUUAUUCUCGGUAAAAUGACGUAUCUCACACACAUACACAUAUAAGACCUUUUUUCAUAUCUAUAAUACGUAUGUCUGCGAAUUAUCUAUCGUAGUAGAAUGAUCACACGAUUGUAGGCUGCAGUCCAAUUAUUAUGGUCAUAUCUUUUAUUUACGGAAAGAGAUAAGCAUUGUGAUCGAGAUAGAUGAUAUGAUUGUACAAAAAUCAAAAUCCAGACACUGUUGACAAAAUAAUUAACCGGUUGAUUAAAUUAAUCUCUUUAAGAGUUUCUUAAUCUAAGAAAUAACCAAUUCGCAAAUAUCGUUAUAAAAGACUGCCAUUGAAACAACUUUCAUAUACAAACUUUUAUCUCAAACUGGAAUGUCUCGUAUAUUGCGAAUUACGGAAUCUUUCGAGUGAAGCGGAGCGAAGUCUGAUCGCGAUGACAAGUAAUACGGAGGGAACAGAGAAAGAAGUUGCUCAAUAAAAACGCGGUCGACCGAUGGUACGUGAAUGUAAAUUCGAUGCGGGACGUUUAUUAUCUGACGAUUUUGCAACGUUGAAAAACGCGGGAGAACGGCUUCCCUUCUCUCGUCGCGGCAAAAAGAUCGCCGAAUCUUACAUCAUGUUUUCUUUUCUUAUCGUCGAGCGAUAUUAACGUUAUAUAUCAAAAUGCGAGUAGCGUAUUUACCGCACCAUCAUCGUUAUGUGUGAAUUAUAUAAUGCGCUAUAUACACUUAAAUGCGCGAUAAUAUUAAUGCGAGCUUCCAACCUCGUGGUAACGUUAUAAUUGAGCAAAAGUAAUCCAUGUUCAUGUGCAAAUUAUCGCAGAAGCUCACCGGAAUCACAGGCGGCCAAAAUUAUCAGACAGGAUUACGGAAUGCAAAUGAUGAUGGCACCAGUGUGCGAGCACGCCUUUUGUCGCACCUGCAUCAACGAAUGGAUAAAUCGCCAGCCUACGUGCCCUCUGGAUCGUACGGCCAUCACGUCCACGCAGCUUAGAGCAGUCCCCCGAAUCCUUAGGAACCUCCUGGCCCGUUUGUCCAUCAAGUGCGACAACAUCAUAUACGGCUGCAACCAUAUCGUCAAGCUGGACGGGCUGGCUGCGCAUCUCGAGCAGUGCGAGUACAAUCCGAAGAGACCAAUGUUGUGCGAGCAGGGUUGCAGCUUGAUCAUUCCCAAGAACGAGCUCAAGGAUCACAAUUGCGUACGCGAGCUCCGCAAUCUGAUACAGUCGCAGCAGCAGAAGCUAACCGACAUGAAGCGCGAGCUCGGCGAGCAGCAGCUGCAGAUCAACGAGCACAAACGCGAGAUCCAUCUGCUCAAGGAUUUUAUGCGCGCCCUCAGAGUGUCGAACCCGGCGAUGCGCGCGAUCGCCGAUCAGAUGGAACGGGACGACGUCGUCAGAUGGUCCGCGUCUCUGCCACGCGCCAGGGUUACCAGGUGGGGCGGUAUGAUCUCCACGCCCGACGAGUUGUUGCAGACGAUGAUCAAGAGAACUCUGUCGGAGUACAAUUGUCCACCUCAUGUGAUCGACGAGCUGAUGGAGAACUGCCACGAGAGGAAAUGGCCGCCAGGUUUAAAUUCUCUCGAGACUAGACAAAACUCGCGACGACAAUACGACAACUACGUGUGCAAAAGAGUGCCUGGCAAACAAGCGGUACUGGUCCUCCACUGUGAUAAUAUGCACAUGCCGGAGGAUAUGAUGGUCGAGCCUGGGUUAGUGAUGAUCUUUGCGCAUGGUAUCGAGUAGGUUGGACAUCGUAUAUGAAUACGAUUAUUAAUUACACCAUCACGACUCCAAAUAUACUGAUAUCGCAUCGCAAACGCAGUAGGAGUGAAUGUGCUCGGCCACAGUUUGCGAAUUGACAUGAGUUUAUUCUGGAUAAGAUUAAUUCGCGAGAACAAUCGUCUGAUCAUUGUCAAGUUUUACUCGGAAAAUUCCUUCACCGGGAUACUCGCAUGUUUACGGUUAAAACCUUAAGAUUUGCAAGAUUGUCCUUGAUGUGAAUUCAUUCCGAAGAUAAAUCGAAGCCGUCGAGCAUACGCAAACGAUGAUGCACGCUGUCGCCCUUUGUGAUACGCGAUUCUGUGAGGCGCGAUUGUCGCGUACAGGCUCGAUUGGGAUUGUAAUUGUAAUACGAUACGGCAAACAACAUCGGUAAACAUAUUUCUUGACUCGCGUCAGAUUUGAUUUGCCGUUAUCGGUUAUCUCGAUCGAACUCCCAGAAGAAAAAACUCAAUCGAGUAUCUCUGAAUCGUUGCACUGUGAUAUACCACUUCGGUGAGAAACCUCCUGAAAUCGCGUGAUAAAUGACCGACCACCGUCUCUCCUCCUUGGCCGGUCGAUCGAUCGAGUUGUACAUUUUUUUAUCGGCGGUUCGUUUAUCGUUCAUUUCAGGAUCAUUUACGGAUACUUAGAAGUCUGUGAAUAUUUUACUAUACUUUAGAGAAAGAGAGCAGCGUAAGCGAAGAUUGGCGAAAACUCCCACUAAUGAUCUAAGCACAAACGAGAAAUCUAAGAAUGAAAUACAGAUUUGCCAGCGUUGCGAUCUGUUUUUUAACAUUUGACGCUUAUUGGUCCUGUCAGGAAUCGCGUUUUUUUUCCCCCAAUGAUAUUUUUCUCCUGCAAUUCUUACCCUGCAAUACCUGCUUGCAAUACUUUUCCUUUUCUCCUCGAAAAUUCAUUCUAAGCUAUGCGUCGUAAACAAGCUAAUCAUUAUUAUCGUCUGCAUACGAAUUUAAGCAUUUCCUAAAAAUUAAUUAUUUGUUGAAUAUGUAAUAAAUAGCUUGAUUACUCUGAGUUAACGACACGUUUUGCUUCCUCGUCAUAUCACUGUGUUAGGGUGUUCUAUUGUUCUAUUGUUAAAAGAAAGUUUGAAUUGCAAACUUUUCAUAAGGCAUACUAUCAAAAUAUUAUUUAUUAUAAUAUUAGUAUUAUGUAAUUAUAAUUAUAAUUAUAUAAUGUUAAUAGCGAUGGAGCACCCUAUGUAAAUUAAUUACUGUAACGAUUAAUUAGUUUGUAUCGCAGUACUGAUCUAUGAUUUGCGAAUUGUGUAACAUUAAAAUGCUUCUUCACGUAGCUUCUUGCUUUGUCACGAUGUACUUAGGACCAACAGAUUAUUUUAAAAAGUUUUUAUCACAAUCUCGAUCUUGUAAUCUAUUUUUAUAAUACAAGAUAAUGCCACGUAAUGAAGGAGAAUAGAGGUAUUAGAAUUCGUUCUCUCGGAGUCUAUUAGAGUCUUUCUCUCGGAAAAACUCUCUAGUUCCGUCAGUUUUGCGUUACUUCUUAGUAGCGAAAAUUGUACUUCUGUCUUUUGUACCUUUUUUGUCCGAUAAAUUGUGUUAUCUGAUAAACA